GCUGCGAGAGUAAUUCCCACAAACAAGAGCGCCAACCCAAGCACAAACAAAGCCAAGAAAGGGGAGAAGUUAGAGUUCCCUUCAUGGGAUACGCUCGACGUCAUGUCUUCAGGAACGUCAUCCACAGCAGAUACAUUUAGAUUGGAUGGACUCGCAAGUCACCACCACCCUGGAGUAGCAAGUCGUCAGCAGCUGGAAGAAGAGGCGUACUCCUAUGGUAUUGCGCCUGGAUCCCACCGCCAUCUCGCGCGGUACCAGGUGCUCGAACCAACUCUCGCAGUCACGGAAUCUAUACUGCGUGAGAAAGGAGGAGACUGUUCAACACCGAUGAAGUCUUGUUGUAUCAGUAAUGGACAAUCUCCUCCAAAGUACACACUCUGGAAAUUAGAGCACCAACUUUCGGGGGUUCUUCGAACGAUGCCAUUUCGUGCCGUCGACGGACACAAUCAAUCCCUUGUAAACACCAGCAGACACAACACUUCUUGUACUUUCAUCCAAAAACUCACCCAUGGUGCGACCAUUCGUUGGAUUAGGGGCUGGCCGUCGGGUUCCAUAGUGUUAGCAAGAUUACGACCCCGGGCAGUGUUUAAUGCGAAUCUCCGCGGGCGCACUGUGGCAGAAAAAAUCUACUCCACUGCGUUCCGUAUCAAAAAAAAGAUAGUGCCGGGCACGAGCCCGUAUGGCAAGGUAGUUCGCAGUGCAGAGCUCAAGUGUUUGUUGCUCACAGGCGAGUUCGUCUACACGGGCAAGGCGAAGGGUAAGUCUUUCCUCUCCCGCAUUGUCGACGUUCGGCAGCACGCUCAGCUGCCUCAAGACGAACGCGAGAAGUUUGCUCAGGAUGGUCACACCGGUGUUGAUCAGCAGACAUGGGCCAUGAUCGAGACUGGUUUCAGUGGCGGUGGAAUCCGACAUUUCAGCGCACCCAGGAGCCAAAAUUGUUACUUGAGUGACACUUACAGGCCAGCAUUGCAUCGGGUAGCAAGCAAAUCGACUUUUUCAGCUAUCAAGGUGGACCGGGCUCCUGGGUUUAAGCAUGUGAGUCUAUUCCUGGGCAACUACUGGAAUGUGUUUUGCUCUCAGACCUUGCAGAGACAAGCUGCAUCAAUGUCCGAACAGAGCCAUCCGUAUGCUCCGCUCGAAUGCGUGAGAGCUAUUGUGGAGAUGGUGUCAGCUGUUGGCGAUGCAGAUGAAGAACAUCUCCAGGCUCUUGCACUGGAGUUGGGUCUUGAACCUGUUAAAGCGAAGUCUUGCAGACGUCCGAAGCUUCCGUCUUUGUGUCUGAAAUACGAUGCUGAUGCGCGGAUUCUAUCACUAGCUACGCAUUGGGUUGAUUUGCCAUUUGAACAACUGCAGUCGCUUGUGAAAUCUUCUGCUGUUGGUUCUAGACGUACGCCUCCGGCCUCACCCUCGGGGAACAAACACCAGCCAAAGAAGGCGAAGCCAUCUUCUGUGGAUGUCCUCUACUCCCCCACGAAAACAGUCGCUGAGUUUUGGGCCCCCGUGAUGCCGCCCCCCGACCUCCCUCGCGCGGCCCGCCGCGCGAAGCUCGCCAAGGCUAAGGUCGCUUCGUAG